AUGGCGUAUGAGGGGGUUGCACAUAAUGUAGAACUUUCCCCCGCCUUCAUUGAAAGUCUUCAAAGCGAUUUCAAAAGUCUUUCAUCGGAAUCAAAAAAGAAAUAUCCACAGGUAAAAGAGGCAUGUGAAGAAGCUAUCAAUAAACUAAAAGGUGCACAAUCUUCAUCUCAAACCUCAAUUUAUUAUGUUGUCAACCAAAUAAUUUACCCCUUAUCACAAGGUUGUGAAACUAAAGAUGUUAAACUUAUAAGGAUAUGUUUGCAAAUAAUGCAAAAACUAAUUACCCACCAACUGGUGGAUCAAAAAGGUGCUUUAUACAUAACAGAUACAUUAUGGGCCCUCAUGGAGCUUGGAAUAGAAGAAGUAAAGAUUUUACAGACAGUUACAUUACUCCUUACUACAAAUACUGUUGUUCAUGGAGAAACCUUAGCAAGAACAUUGGUGUUAUGUUUUCGGCUACAUUUUGCAAAAAAUUCAACCACUAUCAAUACAGCAGGAGCUACUGUAAGGCAGUUGGUGUAUCUUGUAUUUGAAAGGGUUAUUUCUGAAGAUGAACAAAUAUCAAAAGCUGAAAAUGUACCUCAACGGGGCCCUGUGAAUUUUGAAGACCUAAAAGCACCCAGUGGGAAUCCUCCUAAAGGACUACCUCCUUGUGCUGGUGAUGCAUUUUUACUUUUUCAAGACUUAGUGCAAUUGGUAAAUGCAGAUCAACCAUUUUGGUUAAUAGGGAUGACAGAAAUGACCAGAACAUUUGGUUUAGAAUUGUUGGAAUCUGUAUUAACACAGUUCUCAUCAGUUUUUUAUCAAAAUGGCGAAUUUAGUUUUCUAUUAAAAGAAAGAGUCUGUGCUCUAGUUAUAAAGUUGUUUUCACCUAAUAUCAAGUACAGGAGCAACGUACCAAGCAGCAUCCAGCAAGCUACACCUUUUGAAAAGCCAUACUUUCCUAUAAGCAUGAGAUUAUUAAGAGUGGUCUCCAUUCUUAUUCAAAAAUAUCACAGUUUACUGGUGACAGAAUGUGAAAUAUUUUUGUCCUUAAUUGUGAAAUUUUUGGAUCCCGAUAAACCUACCUGGCAGCGUUCUUUGGCUUUGGAAGUUUUACAUAAAAUGACAAUACAACCAGAUUUACUAAAUUCAUUUUGUGAAUGCUACGAUUUAAACAAGCAUACAACUAGUAUUUUUCAAGAUAUCGUCAACUCUUUGGGAGCUUAUGUCCAGUCCCUUUUCGUCAGUCCACAGUUACAAAUGGGUGCUGGAAUUCCUUUGACACAAGGACAACCUCCUGUAUAUCUUGGAGGUUUACCUGCAGGUCCUGGUGUAUCUUCCCAGCCUGGUUUUUUGUUAAGAGGAGUUUGGUUACCUAUUGUAGCAAGUUUUCCUACUGGCCAAGCUAAAUCAACUUAUUUAGAAAUGCUGGAUAAGAUCGAACCGCCAUUAGUGCCAGAUGGAUAUGGUAUAUCUGUUGCUUAUGCAUGUCUUAUGGAAAUAAUCCGCUCCCUGCAAAUACUAAUAAACCCUCAACAACAACCUGAAGAACCUGUAACAAGAAAAGAAAACAACAAAGAUUUGAACUGUCAACUUAUAAACUCUAGUUGGUGUGGGCUACUUGCAGCCUUGAGUCCUCUUGUGGAUGCUAGCACAGAAGAGUCUGUUACCGAAAAUGUAUUAAAGGCUAUUCAGACUUACACUUCGUUGUGUGGGAUGCUUGAUCUGCACACUCCUAGGGAUGCUUUUAUUACUGCAAUUUGUAAAUCUUCGUUGCCACCACACUACGCCCUCACUGUUCUUAAUACAGUUACAUCAGGAGUUAACCUAAGGCAAGUUCAUAGAGACAGUCAAGAUUUAAAUAUGCCAAUGGUAGUUCAAUAUGGCGAAACAGUAUACGUUCAACAAGUCGUAGCUGUCGGUACACCUCUUCCCACAUCAUCUAUCCCAGCAGGAACUCAACAAGGUCCAGUUAUGUUAACAGCUAAAAACUUACAAUCAAUGCGAGCCUUACUAAGCCUUGCCCAUUGUCAUGGAGGCAUUUUAGGGACAUCGUGGCAUCUCGUUUUAACCACCUUGCAGCAUUUGGUGUGGAUUUUAGGGCUGAAACCAUCAACCGGUGGUAGUUUGAAAGCUGUACGACCCACCACAGAUGCAAAUGCUGUUAUCACGAGUUCAGUAAUGGACAACUUACCUGUAUUAUCGACAAUGUUGAGUAAACUAUUCGAAUCUAGUCAAUAUUUAGACGACGUGGCUUUACACCACUUGAUAAGCGCGCUAUGUAAAUUAUCCCAAGAGGCCAUGGAAUUGGCUUAUUCUAACAGAGAACCCAGUCUUUUCGCUGUCGCGAAACUUCUAGAAACAGGCUUGGUUAAUAUGUCGAGAGUUGAAGUACUGUGGCGUCCUCUAACUAAUCAUUUACUUGAAGUUUGUCACCAUCCCCAUAUUAGAAUGCGGGGUUGGGGAGUUGAGGCUAUAACAUAUUUGGUCAAAGCUGCUCUUCAUUAUAACCACGCCAUACCUCUUAGGGAAAAUCAGAAGAUGCAGACGUUGCUUUUGGGCCCUCUUUAUGAAUUAUCAUCUGUACCUCACGGUGAUGUAAGACAGAAACAAUUGGAAUGCGUUUUGCAGAUUUUGCAUACAAAUGGAGAAACUUUGUCACAUGGUUGGCCUUUAGUAUUGGGAAUAAUUGGUGCUGUUAAUGAUCAGCAUGGGGAAAACUUAAUCAGAAUUGCAUUCCAGUGUCUUCAACUAGUUAUCACAGAUUUCUUACCAUUAAUGCCAUGGAGGUGUUUACCAUUGUGUGUAGACACUGUUGCCAAAUUCGGUUCCCAAACACAAGAACUUAAUAUAUCUUUAACUGCUGUCGGAUUAAUGUGGAAUAUAUCUGAUUACUUCCAUCAAAACCAAAGUAAGCUUAGUCAAGCUUCUGCAGAAGAUAGUACCGUACUUCCAGAUUUUCCUGGCACUUUGAAUAUGCCCAGUUUCGAUAAACUUUGGAUGUGCCUAUAUGCGAGACUGGGAGAGCUUUGUGUAGAUACAAGGCCAGCAGUCAGAAAAUCUGCGGGACAAACUCUAUUUUCAACGAUAUCAGCUCACGGGACUCUUUUGAGGCAGCCCACGUGGCAAGUUCUGCUCUGGCAGGUCUUGUUUCCAUUACUAGAUAAAGUCAGAAAUUUGUCUAAUUCCGCUAGCAGCGAAAAGGUUGAUGCUGGCGGGAAUAUUUUAAUUCAUCAUACCAGAAAUACUGCUCAAAAGCAAUGGGCUGAAACCCAAGUUUUAACGCUCUCAGGAGUAGCUAGAGUUUUUAAUACUAAACGGCAACUUCUGCAAGCUUUAGGAGAUUUCCCUAGAGCAUGGUCCAUCCUAUUAGAAUUUAUAGAAAAUUCAGCUUUAAGUAAAAAUAACGAAGUUUCCAUAGCAGCUCUGAAAUCCUUCCAAGAAGUAUUAUUCUUAAGCAAAAAUCAAAAUUCAGACAAUAAAUCUGUAGUUGAAGACAAGGACAUAUGGAUCGUAGCUUGGAAAAUUUGGGUUAAAAUAGGCACAGAAAUUACUGUACCACUAAUCGAAAAUGAAUUGCAGCAAGAUGAUUUUUAUAUCCCAAGCCAGACUUUCCUCACAUCUCUUGUACAAAUAUUCCCCAAUGUCUUUCAGCACGUGAAAAACAAUUUCACUUUAGAAGAUUUAAAGCAACUUGGAACUGUAUUAGUAAACGCUGUUAGUAUCCCUGUUUUUGGUGAAACUCCAUAUAUAAUAUCGACUUCAAGUGACGUAAGUCUAACUCCAUUACAUGAUGGAGUCUUGCAUGCUAUGGAGCUUUUACAGAAAGAAACAAUGUCAAAAAGUAACUCGAAAAUGAUACCAGAAAUCUUCAAACUUCUACUGACAUUUGCCAAGUUCACCUGUACUCCUCCAGCGUUCACAAAAGUCGAAAGUAAACAACAGACCAAAACAGCUGAUUGGGUUACAAUGAACUAUGUACCUUUCGGUGAAAAAGCUGUAACAAUGGUUGUUAAAUUAUACGAAAAGACUGCUGAAAAUAACGAAGUUAUUAACGCUAAUAUCCUAAGGGAUAUUAUAGUGACACUUCACACCCCGUUAGCGUUGAAAUAUAAUUGUGUUUCGAAUAGUAUAUGGAAGUUGGCUGCUAGUAGUUUAUUGACAGUGUUGAAAGUUGGAUUGAAGGUCGCUAGAAACCAUGGAAAUCAAUUUUCGACUAUGUGGAAUGAUCUGUAUAAUACCUUGAAUGAUUUUCUCUUCCCAACAACAUGUGCUAAUGGAGAAAAGGGCUUAGAUGAUAUGAUUUCCGACGAAGCUAUGGAUUGCCAAAUAAUAGAGCUAUUGAGAACAGAAGUAUUGCCAUAUUCAAAAGCUAUUCCCAAAGAUUUUAUAAUGCAAGUAGUUAUUCUACUAAACAAAGGAUCGAUACACUCAGCUACAAACGUGAAAACAGAUGGAGAUAUUGAACUUACACUUAGAGAAGAAUUUGCUAAAACUUGUUUUGAAACUCUGCUACAAUUUUCUUUAAUAGACGGGGCCAAUAAUGGAUUCGUAGCUAAUGGAGAUGAUAAAAUUAACGGCAUUGCUGGACAUUUGGCUGUUACUUCCUUACUGCAUAGGUUCCAGGAAGUUUUAAAGAAAUACAUCGAAGAUGAGAAACUCAGUGGAAAGUGUCCUUUACCAAGGUAUCGCCUUUCUGAAAUAUCUUUUGUAUUGAAAGCCUUAACUACCUUAAUAGUGUCUAUGAAAAGAGCAACAGUUGUGAAAGAAGACAAUAAAGCUUGGGAACAGCUCAUAAGCCUCUAUCCAUAUUUAGUGGAAUGUACAACUACGACUUCAACACAAGUUUCCAGACCAUUACGAGAAGCUUUGCUACAGUUCUGUGAUCUCCUACAACCACCUCAUAAUAGGAAUAAUAAUAAUACGAGAAUUACUGAUAAUUUGAUUUAG